AUGACGAACGGUAGCGUUGAAUGCGAGGUGGCGACGUCAUCAUCGGCGACGACGUCUUCGGACGCGGCCGCUACGACAUCACCGCCGGAUUAUGCGACAGCGUCGACGACAACGCUGCGCUCGACGCCGACACAAAUGUCGGCGGCCAUAACUGUGGAUUUGGUGAUUGCCGCGCAGAGAGAGGCGAAUUUCCUGCGAAUGAUUGACCGAAAAGCGCCAUUACUGUAUGAAGCGGAUGUUGUUAAUCAGGCGAUUCGACGAUAUGAGACCUAUUGGCUUCCGAUGCAGGCGGCGCAUCCGGACUUGAAUGUGAUACCGCCGCUAGACGUUCAUUGGAUAUGGCACACCCACAUGUUGAGCCCGAUUCAUUACCAAGAGGAUUGCGAGAAGCUGUGCGGAAAAAUUGUCGACCAUAAGCUGCUGUCGUCGGACGAGAUUCAGAAGAGGUAUGAGAGCAGCGUGCGUGCAUGGGAUUCGUUUUGCUCGCCGGAGCCCUAUGAUUUUCUGGCGAGCUCGACGCCGGCGAACGCCUACAAAUCGAAAUGCGACUAUGAUAUCGCGGCGGCGGUGCAACGCCAGCGAAAUUUCAACUAUCAGGUCUCGCUUCCGCACUACACAUCAGCGAAAUUUCUUUCGGACGCCGUCAAACGGUACAUCCAAUUUUUGUUGCUCAAACAGACAUAUUCGGAUCAGUUUUUGACGCCCUGCUAUGAUUUUGACAUUAUUUGGCAUACGCAUCAGGUGCAUCCAUCGAGUUAUUUGCGAGAUUGCACUGCCAUAUUUGGCGCAUUGCUGAAACAUGAUGAUACGGUAAAUGAUAGGACAAAAGGAAGCAAAUUGUUAAAGGGUGAAGCGUUGACCAAAAAAUUAUGGACAAGUCAUUUUGAUGAGCCUUUCUGGCGUCGUGGAUGCAUGUUUCGCGGUCACAAUGCGCCGGCAUUUCUAGGAUUUGAGAAUCAGGAUCUGUCGAAUAUCGCCUAUGGCGAUAUACAUGUUCCCUCAAUUGCCCUCAAAGACAUUCCGGUUCAACGAGAGCAACUUCGUCUCAAACUCACAUAUGGCAAUAAGAAAGUGACGACGUUCAAUGCGGAUUUGUCGCAGAAGCAAGUCACCAAGUCAGGAUUCUCAUUGGUUUGGCAACCGACGGAAGCUUCAUCGUCGGCGUCAAUUGUGAAGUUUCCGUUUGAGCGGCGAGCGGCGAAAGAUCUCACCGUUGAGUUGGAGAUUUUCGAUAAGGUGUUCCUUCAACGAAAAGAUUUGAUCAAACUCGUCGGCAAGGCAACGCUGGAUCAGUUGUUGCCACCAACGAACUCGAAGACGGCGCACACCGUCGCCGAAAUCCGUUUGAAAGCCAAAGAGGGCGAUCUGGCGGCGAAAGUGAAUGUGACGACGAGCGUCACGUUGAAUCGAGAGCUUCAAUUGGUCGCCGGCGAUUUCGUCGAGCGUCAACUUCACGCUGAUUCGCAUUUGACCUAUCUCUGCCAAUGCGCUUCGCUGAAUCGAGGCUCGCUGACACCAACGUCGACGGUGCACAUGGCGACGCAUAGUGUGUUGGAUACGCGUGAUGGUACGAAGUACACGGUUCAAGUUGUGCAUUCGGCGCCGCUUCUUCUUUCGAUGAUCCUUGUUUAUGGGCGAGAGCAGCGAUUGCUGGCGAUGGCGCAUUUGAUAGGAGCCGAUUCGCUUCCGAGCCGAGAGCAAUUGGACAAUAAUUUGCAAUUCCUUCCGCAUCUAUCAAACGCCGAUGAACGCGCGUUUGUGAUUGUGAACAAGGAUGGUGACUAUGCGAUAAUUAAAGGACGAUGGACGGGAUUCUCGAGGAAACAGUCAGCCACUAAAGGCCAAAAAGCGAAGCCGGGAAAUGCUGGAAGAUUAUUGAUUGACGCGUUCAAUUUGCUGAAAAACACGGUACAGAAGCUUGAGGUUCCUUCGCCAGACAGCUCAACACUAUUUGUGAUCGGAGAUGCUCAGGUGAGAUUGCCCGGCAAGAGAAUUGAAUGCCGAUCGACGAAUACUGCUGAGCAGAUUGCGAGUGUCUUUUGCGUUUCGACGCUUUUCGUUUUGUGCAAUCCGGACAAGGUGCGGUCUCGCAACGACAACACCUCGGUCGGCCAUCAAGCUCAUAAAUGGCCGUUGACAUUGGCGUGCGGCUACGGUCGCCAACUUCCGUCGAAUCGAGCGCUGGUUGGCGGCGAAGGCGACGCGGGCGCGACUGGAUGCGAAAUCGCGCCGCUUUUGAUGUGCGGUGUCGGAUGCGACGGAGCCGCGUGCGGCGCGUGUGGCGCGUGUGGCGGCUGCGGUGGUUGCGGCGGAUGCGGUGGAUGCGGUGGCUGCGGAUGA